UGACCCCUUUAAGAUAUAUUCUCUUAAAACAAGUCUUACAAAGAUCUUAUUUUAAGAAUAUUUCCUGGAAAACAAGACGAAAUAAUUAAAAUAUAAUGAAUCAUAAAAACACACUAUUUUUCUUUGUAGACACCACUAGACCUCAGAAGAAGGACGAGGAAAAUGGCAAAGAAUACUACUUUAUUUCCAAUGAUGAAAUGACCAAAGGUAUCAUCGGGAAUGAGCUAAUUGAAUACGGCAGUUACCAGGGACACAUGUUCGGGACUAAGAUCGAAACUGUCCACAAGAUUCACGAGCAAGGGAAAAUCGCUGUGCUGGAUGUGGAACCGCAGAUGCUGAAAGUGCUCAGAACGGCAGAGUUCGCUCCUCUUGUGAUAUUCAUUGCUCCUACUAACACUGCCAAUCAGUCAGAGGCGGUGCAGAACAUCCAGAAGGAAUCCGACGGCAUCCUCAGUGCAUACUGUCACUUUUUCGAUGAAGUGCUCAUCAACAACGAUGUAGACGAGAGUGUUAAGGGUGUAGAGGAAGCCAUCGAGAGAGCCUCCUCAUCCCCGCAGUGGGUACCAGUCUCCUGGGUGUACUAAAAACCCCAAUCCCUUUCUCCAGUCGCCCCUCCAAAAAUACCAUACGAGUGAACCCCACUCACACUGUGCCCUGCCUAAUACAGUCAUUAUCAAGACAGUUUUCACAUGAAUGCAAGUGUUUUAUAGAAUGUUUGGAAAAAGCAAUAAGUUUGUUCUUUUUGUUUAAUAUGUGAAUGAUUUUCAAAUGACAGAGUGCUAUAGCAUUAAGCGAUGACAUUGUAAGCGAUGAAAAAAGGACCUCUACUGUGAUUCAAAAUACCACUCAGUUCAUUAAGGUCUGCUGGUUUUCGAUCUUCCCUGGAGUUUCCGUGUGUUUUUUGUAACAUGUGCCAUGGUGUUCUUCUUAAAUAUAAUUACAUUAAAAAAAAACGUUAAAAACACAGGGAAAUUGUAUCAAUCAAUAUGUGAACGCAGGUUUGUCGUGUCCUGAAAUGUUCUUCAUAAUGAUAUAUGGAUUUACCUCAAGUCAUGAUGUAAGGCACUUUUAAAAGAACUGAAUAAACCUCUCCCUACA